CUCAGAUCCGCAGCCUCACGAGGAUCAAGGCAGGAAGCAGGUGACCUGGGCUCGUUCGCCAAAUCUGCAUGAGAACCUUGCCCCGAAAAGACAAACAUUAUAUGAAAUACUCGCUCAAAAUAUUACAUUGCUCACAGCCUCGGAAGAGGGCCCGCUGGCAAAGUCGAUCGCGUUCAAUCGCGAGCCCCAUGCACGAUCUCACAAGGCAAAGUUCCGUCCAACACCCGUCUGCCCUUGCAGUGGAAAUAACUUGUCACGUUUCACAUUCGAAAAAUGCUGGCCCAAACACACACUGCCUCUAGCCGCUCGGCUUGCCGCGGCCGCGCUCAGCGCGGUCAGCUGGCCUUUAGCGCCCCGCGCCCAAUUAGCCAGCGCUCCGGUUCUCUGAUUCAGCAGGCUCCCUCCAUGGCGAUGCGCGUCACCGUCGCUGCGGGCAAGCUGGACUCUGUCUCCCUGUUCGGUGGAGACACCGCCAGCCUGAUGGGCGGUUCACAGACUGUGGAGAAGAAGAAGUCCGGCAAGGAGGCUGUGAUGGAGGUGCAGCUCAGCUCCACGGCGGGCAUCGACUACACCGUCCUGCGCGACCACCUCGCCAACGGCGAGUUCCGCGAGGCCGAGGACGAGACUCGCGCUCUGCUGAUCAAGCUUGCUGGCCCGGAGGCGGUCAAGCGCAACUGGGUUUACUUCACCGAGGUGAAGAACAUUUCCGUCACCGAUUUCCAGACCCUGGACAACCUGUGGAAGGCGUCCAGCAACAACAAGUUCGGCUACAGCGUUCAGAAGGAGAUCUGGGUGCAGAACCAGAAGCGCUGGCCCAAGUUCUUCAAGCAGAUUGACUGGACCCAGGGCGAGAACAACAACUACCGGAAGUGGCCCAUGGAGUUCAUCUACAGCAUGGACGCCCCCCGCGGCCACCUGCCCCUCACCAACGCGCUCCGAGGGACGCAGCUGUUCCAGGCGAUCAUGGAGCACCCAGCGUUCGAGAAGUCCAGCACGGCAAAGACGCUUGAUCAGAAGGCGGCGGAGGCCGCCGGGCGGACACAGUCGCUGUUCUAAGCUCUCAGCAGCUCAGCGGCUGAUCCUGCCAGGUGUUGUAUCGCUCGGGCGUGGGUUUGCAGGGGUGCACAUGGCAAUUGCCUGGGGGAGCAUUCGGGGCUCGGGGGUGUGACGGAUGCGUGUGGGUUUUGCGGGUUUGGGCGCUUCCCCAUGCCACACGCCACACGGCAUAUGGGGGAGUCGCCUCCACGCACCGCAUCUUGCAAAGAUUGCACCCAUGGCCCCUUGUACUUAACGAAUGAUGAACAUAAAAGUGAUGGAAUUGCGGGCUUCUUUCCAUGGAAAGUAUUGAACGCGUGUGUGCGUUGACGAGGCGGACUUGUCAGCCGUGCAUGUUACGAGGGAUGCUUCUGACUCGUGCGGUGUGGGUUUAGUGGCGUGUGCGUGUGUGCCUUGCGUCAGCCGCAUGCAAGCAGGACUCCUUUCGCACGCUGUGUGUAGCUUCCAACCUGGACACGUGGGCGUGUUGUGGCUGGCCCUCAGUUGCAUGAUGGGCUCCUGGCGCGGCUGCGGCUGCGUUGCAGAGGGGUUGUGGCGGCAGGUGGUGUGGGAAUGGCAGUGAGACAGUCGGCUCAUGCACUGAUGUCGGGAGGUGCACUGAAGCACUGCACUGCACUACAACCCUUGACUUGCGACUCUGUGCGGUGUGCUGCAACACAUACCGCAGCAGGAUCGCGUCAUGCGAUUGCGGCUCGUUUGUGCUUUUGCAUCGGCGCAGCGUCUGAGUCGGUGAGGGGCAGGCGACACGAGCUAGCGCAGGCUCUACAGCAGUUACAAACCAUUUGUGCCGCGUGGGUCGAAUGUAGGGCAUCGGUUUGCGUGCGUCUGCGUGUGAGAUUGUGUAGACGACACUGCCGCGGUCCUUUUUGACGUCCUGAGAAGACAAGACAGACAAUCGGGCGGGCACAGCCGGACUGUUGCGUAAUGUGAUUUGGUCUUGAGGGGCGCACGGCACCAUCGCAGGCGGCUGCCGCCGUAGCGGCCUGUACUGCAGGCGGCAGAUCUGCAUUGGCGGCAGAGCUACAUAAGCAGCGGCGGCGGCGGGAGCAGGAGCCGGCGGCGAGGCAGGAGGGUGGUGGCGAGGUGGGAGCUCUGCCCUGGCUAGCGGAGGCGUGCAGCAGCGGUGUGCGAGUGAGUUGUGGUGUGCUGAGUCGGGGCGAGUGGAGGAGAUGGACGCGGGUCUGGGCUUGAGAAGCGGGGUGGGGUCCCUGAGUGCGGGUCCGCUCAAGAGACGAGUGUCGACUGCCUGCCGACUGAGAGGCUGCAUGAGUGGGAGUAGUAGGAGCAGGAACCAGGGAGCGCACUGUGCGGGAUGCAAGGACAGGCAGGGAGGGGCCAAGGGACGAGGGGACGCGGUGUCGUGCGACCGGCAAACUGUGUGGCGUGUGCUUUUGGUUGAGAGCCACUGCCGGCGCCGCCGCGGAAAUGAGUGUGUAGGUGUGAGAAGGUGCGCCGUGACUGGCGAGUUGGCUUUGGUCCGCUGCGGGGCGCUGCAGUAUGCCUGUGUAAGACUGAAAGAGC